GCCCGGCCUACAAUAAUUCUUCCGUUGUUGUGAUUCCCUUCAUCCACUUCUAUGCCAUCGAUAUGACCGAUUCUUUGGUCUUCGUGCAACAAUCUCUGUACAGCAAAGACCAGAGUUCAGCACUCUAUCCAGAGCCUAGGAAGGCCGGUGUUUUUUGGAACGAAAUUUGCGGUCUUUCCAGGAAGCCAAGCAUGUAAUCUUGCGGGGUACUCCGUAUCCUGGUUGCUUACAUACAGACAACCUUUUCAGCAACCCACUACCACCCAACUUUCUGUCUUAUCGGACGCACUCGGUGUAUCUACAUACUCGUCUCCGUUAUACUGGGCCUCCAUAGGUCAUGUCGAUGUCCGACAAGAGAGGCAAGCGUCCAAGUACGUCGCAAUGUGACGACAAUGGAGGCUACAUUACCUUCUCAUUGGCCGAUCAAGGCAAAAGAGAGUGGCAGGGCGGAGACUUCAUAUCUUGUGUAACCUGUCAAGCAAGGAAAGUCAAAUGCGACCGAGUUAGACCGAGUUGUGGCUGGUGUGAAAAGAAUGGCCGGCAAUGUUCAUACAGUAAGAAGCAGAGGCCUGGUCCUAAGCCAGGUUCCGGCCACGACCUGGCGGAGAAGGUGUCUCGACUAGAAUCUGUAGUCCAACUUUUGAGCAAACAGCUGGAAGACCAUAUAUGUGUCCGCAAUUCCAUCGAAUCCGGGUCUACGGCAAGCCACUCUCCCCAGGUACCGGAAGGGACUGUCAAUAAUGUUCCUCUGCCGACCCCAUCCACUGGGGAAGGAAAUAAAUUAUCAUGGCUUUCUCAGGUCACCUUGUCAGACCAGACCCCGACAAACCAGGUAGCAAGAGAUACUACACCAAAGUAUCAGAACGAGACUUAUGUGAGAGCGUUCACACCUGUUACACCACAUAUUUCACCAUCGCUGAACACAACAGUCGGCUGGCAAAGCGAAACAGUUGAGCCAGAAUUGCCUCCACCAGAACAGCUUUAUAUCCUGGUGGAUCUGUACUUCAAGCACAUAAACACCUGGAUACCCAUGCUUGAUCGUGUCGUAACGUUUGAUAUAUUGUCACGAGCAUGGAUACCCGACGAAUCAGAUCGUGUCCUACUUCACGCCAUCGUGUUUGUCAGUCUUCGCUUCUCGAGGGAUCCGGGUCAUACAGCAGAAGUGCGGGAGCUAUACAGGAGUCGCCUGAAAAGGAGGGUCCAACUGUAUAGCUUGGAACACUCAAAUAUACGCACCACUCAGUCCAUGGUUCUGCUGACAGUUGACAUGUUGGGAACUUCGCAUAGCCCAGAGACUUCAAAUAUGGUUGCAAUGAUUACCCAGAGUAUUCUGAACUUCAGAUUGGGGUUUGAGCUUGGCCAUAGUGUUGGUCCACGAGCUCAAACAACCACUAGUAUUCUUCGGUCGCGGCUACUGUCGCCCCCAGGAUCCUGGAUUGAGAAUGAAGAACGUCGUAGGCUAUUCUGGGUCGUCUACAGCAUGGAUCGAUACACGACCCUUGGAUCGCAUUCGCGAUUUGGAAUCGACGACAAGACAGCCAGAAGGCGUCUGCCCUGUCGUUAUGAUUUGUUCUCCGAAGAUCGACACGUCGAAACGAGGUGGCCUCGUUGGGAUGAGUUCCACGGCGACGUGGAAGAAGACACGAACCAGAAUGCUGCCAAUCUCGGCAGCUACUCCUAUCAUUGUGAGCUUCUCAAGAUCAUGUCACAGACCCACGAGUUCCUUCAAAUACCACUCGAUAUCACGUCCCAAACAGAUAUCGACCAGUGGCGGCAGCGAUAUGCUGAAUUGGAUCAAUGGCUUUCAGUUUGGCUCCGGUCUCUGCCUGGUGAAUACAGCGAGAUAUCCCAGUUCUGCCAUUCAGACACCAAGAGCAAGAUAUCCAACUGGAUUAUCCUCCAGACAGCAUUCGUCGUUGCCGUCAUACACCUCCAUGCUCCAGCAGCUUAUCCGUCCGAGUCUUCAAUGUUAUUCCGACCAUCGUACGACGCGAUGCAAAAAUGUCUCGGUGCAGUCGCAAGUCUGAAAGAACUCACACUCGACGUCGUCAACACCGAUAUGCUCGACUUACUCGGACCAGGCUUUGCAUUGGCGAUGUGGAUCGCCACCCGACUUUUGCUUGUCCAUGCCUCAGUCGAAGGUCAUAGUCUGGAUGGAAAUAUCUUCUUCUUCAUGGAUACUCUGCGUCAGUUGGGGAAAUACUGGUCUAUUGCAACUACAUAUUGGGAGCUCUUAGACCCCGUGAUCCGAGAAUCGGAAACCUCUGUUGCUACCCGAGUUGGCGAAAUGCGCAGGUCUGCCUACGCCCUCCAACGCUCACUCUACGAUGAUGUAAAUGCCAGAGACCCAGUGUCCGCCCGCGAGGAACUCACACCCACCGAACUACUGAGUUUAGAUAUAUUCGGCACAUUCAACUACCCGUACGUGCGCACUUCGAGGAUUCCUGCUGUGACGUCGUCUGUUCUGAGUUUGCCUCGGAUAGAAGCAUUCAAUAGAUCGGGUCCGAGUAAUGAUUGGUCUCCACAAUGAAAGGAUAGUGAUGUCUCCUGUAUAUGAGUAGAGUUUUAGGUAGGUACAAUGUACAUAUGGCAAUUCAGAUCUUGACAUCGAGGAUGAGGCAAUACACCGUGUCUGGUUGUGCCCGUAUAGUGAGGCUCUAUGUUCUGUACAGUAACACUACUGGUUCCGCAGGUAGAUCCAGUAGUCAGUUCCUAGAUUCUGUCGCGGUGCAAAACGUGAGGAUAAAAAG